AUGAGGCAUUUCUGCUGCUACGAAUGUGAGACGACGCUGGGGGGACAGCGUUAUAUCAUGAAGGACGGACGACCACACUGCUGCAACUGUUUUGAGUCCCUUUACGCAGAGUACUGUGAUGCCUGCGGAGAGCACAUAGGAAUUGACCAGGGCCAGAUGACCUACGAUGGACAGCACUGGCACGCCACUGAAGCAUGUUUCUGCUGUGCACACUGUAAGCGUUCUUUGUUGGGACGUCCCUUUCUGCCCAAACAAGGGCAAAUCUACUGUUCUCGGUCUUGCAGCGCUGGACAAGAUCCAGAUGAGUCAGAUUCCUCAGACUCAGCCUUCCAAAGUGCCCGGUCUCGUGAGUCUCGGCACAGCACUAAAGUCGGUAAAAAGGAACGGCGUAACGCAGAGCAAGAGCGCAGGAGUAGUGAAGGUCGGCAGUCCGCUCCCCCGAUGCCAGACCGCCUCUCUGCUGAGAUCGACCCACUGUCUGUUCAGAUGGACCGUUUGAGCGUCUCCUCCAGUCAAACUCCCAGCAGGACACCCACCCGCACCCCCAACCGCACACCGAGCCGCACCCCAAGUCUAAACCAGGUCUGGAUGAGUCGCGACGACCCGUAUGUGCCUUCAGCUUACGAGGGCCCUCAGAGAGACCCUUCACCUACCCCGGCUCCUAUCCACAUGCUGGCACCUAGGCAAGGCUACAAUCCAAACGCCAAUGCCCACCCCCCAGCGCAGAGUCCAGGGAAUCCAGCCAAAAGGCCCGACUCCUGGGGAAAGGAGCAGGGCAAUGCCAAAAGGACACCUAUGGCAGCAUUGAGAGGACAUUCCUUUAAUGACAACUGGAUGCACCAAAGUCAGGACGAGUUUAGGCCCAAUAAACUCCGCACACAAAUGAGUUUCAACGAAGUGUCCAGCCAGAACCAGGGUUUUCCAGAUAAAAGGAGCAUCAGCCUCGGCUUCCAGAGGGAUGGCAGGCCCCCACUGACCCGAAGGAACCACAUCACAGCGAUGAGCUUCAACGAGCCACUCACUCCUCUUGAGCAGACGCCCCGAGGAUCAAUGGACUCUAUUACUAUGACCAAUACAGCAGGUAACUCUCUAGACGGAGCGACCAAGCGACAGGAGCAUUUGUCUCGGUUCUCGAUGCCAGAUCUGAGUAAGGACUCUGGGGUGAACGUGUCAGAGAAGAGCAACAUGGGCACCCUCAGCUCCUCAGUACAGUUUCACAGCACAGAGUCUCUGUCAUCCACUCGGCCUUUUAGUAAUAAUAAUAUGUACACUCCUCUCAGAGUGGGCUACCCGUUAGGAUACUGGGACGGCCCGCAACCCCUGAGCUUUGAAAGUAAAGGUCGUGUUGGCGUGAUGGGAAGCAGUGGAAACCUGCGCAUGCCUCCAUUAAGCGACCGCAUGCCUCGACGGCGUCUGACAACUCAGGACUCGGUUUCUCAGCCGCCUCAGCCGCGGCGCCGUAAACACCACAGAGGAAACGGGCAACAUCGCAGUGGGCGUCACAAGCGCUCCCGACGCUCACGCUCAGACAACGCCCUACACCUGGUGGCAGACCGCCCCACUCAGGCGGUGGAGCCCCCGUACCGCAGGGUGCAGGAGGACUAUGACCGCUUUCCCCCUGGACACAGGGAGCUGUUCAGCCUGGACUCUGCAGGAUACAGGCAGCAAAGGCCCUGCCCUCGGACCACCUCUGACCUGACUCUGCACAACGCAGGCUGGCCGCCUGUGGGCCCGGCCGGGCCGUGCUGGGGAGAGGGCCAUGUGGAGGCGGCAGACCCCUGGUGCUCCAGCUGCUCAUCCUCCACUGAGUCAGAAGAGGAUGAGGGCUACUUCAUGGGAGAGCCGAUCCCCCGCCCUGUGCAGCUCUGCUACAUCAACAAUGAGGAACUACGGCACCGCUACAGCCCAUCAGGGAUGGCAGGACACCACGGACCCAUGCAUGGACCUAUCCAUGGACAAAUGCACACUCGCCAGCGCAGGAAGAGUAAAAACUGCAUCAUCUCUUAG